AUGUUUGUCAACAAAGACACCGUCCUUUCUUUUCUUCUCGCCGCCAGUACGCUCAAUAUCUUCGGCUUGGCUGCUCCCAUUAAUGGCACUGCUGAGCCUGAGACGCGCGCGCUUUUCCCUUGUCAAAGCGGCGUCUGCGUCGUCUACCGCGCUGACAGGCGCAGCCCCGAUGAGAUCAAAAGUGCUCAGGGCUUGUGGGCCCGGGGAUACACUAUUGGCACCGACAUCAAGCCAGACAUCUCCCUUUACAAUCACGUCAUUGGCGCCGGACUUAUAUCGAAAGACAACGAUGGAUAUGUCUCCUUCUCGUCAAAUAAGGCUGUUUGUGAGAACUGGAUCAGCCCUCAUACCUACACCAAUCUCAUCGACGUCGAGCAGACGCUUAAGGAACACUACCGCUAUCCUGAGGAGAUGGAAUUCGCUGCUAUCCGGGGUAUUAACUACGAACAAAUUACGGGAUGGACCCAAUACACCCCCGCCAAGGGGAAAAGCAAGAAGCCUUACGUCAAAGGGACUCUCGUUCCCAACAAAUCCUACAACAAGAAGAAGUUCGACAAGAUGUCGCACGCUGGUGCCCAGUACGCUCUAGCUGGCUUUCCCAAAGGCCACAACGCCUGGAAGCAGGAGCCGUGGUCUUUCUAUGCUGCUUGCUCUGUCCUUAACCAGAAGCGCAUCACGAAUACGACCGCUAACAACACGAACGAAGCGCAAGGCACUUGUGGUCCUGCUAAGACCAACCAGGAGUAUGCUCAAGAAUAUGUUGAUGCCAUCGAUGCUGGCAACUAUACUUUCUUGAGCAUUUAG